AUCGACUCAUCACUAAUAUCACCUAUCCUUAACCAUCUUUACAUGACGGCGAUUCAGCGUUCCAAGCAAAGAAAAAUACAAACCUUGAGAUAACAGUGGUAUACAGGGUUGUUACAGAGAAUAUCUUUGAACUGUUACAGAUGGCCUGGUGUGACCUUUGCAAUCGCUCGUUUGGCGAUCAGGCGGCUCUCAGGCAGCAUAUAGGAGACUCGCCUGCACACACUCUGGUAUAUGGCUGUAAUAUCUGCAAUCGAUCAUUUGGCAGCCAGGAGGCUCUUGAUCAGCAUGUCCAGAACUCCCCUGCACAUGCUCCAUCCUAUGACUGCAGACUUUGCAAUCGGUCCUUUGGAAGCCAGGAGGCUCUCGAUCAACACACACAAGACUCCCCUGCACAUGCUCCGUCCUAUGACUGCGGACUUUGCAAUCGAGCAUUCAGCAGCCAGGAGGCUCUCGACCAGCACACACGAGAUUCGCCCGCACAUGCACAGACCUAUGACUGCGAGCUCUGCAAUCGAUCAUUUGGCAGCCAGGAGGCUCUUGAUCAGCAUUUUCAGAACUCCCCUGCGCAUGCACUCACCUAUGACUGCGGGCUCUGCAAUCGGUCAUUUGGAAGCCAAGAGGCUCUCAACCAACACAUACAAAACUCCCCUGCACAUGCUCCGUCCUAUGACUGCAGACUUUGCAAUCGGUCCUUUGGAAGCCAGGAGGCUCUCGAUCAACACACACAAGCCUCCCCUGCACAUGCUCCAUCCUAUGAUUGCGGACUCUGCAAUCGAGCAUUCAGCAGCCAGGAGGCUCUCGACCAGCACACACGAGAUUCGCCUGCACAUGCGCAAACCUAUGAUUGCGAGCUCUGCAAUCGGCCUUUCGGUAGUCUGGACGCGCUCGAUCAGCAUGUACGAGACUCGUCUGCACAUUCCGGAGUCUCAUCGACGCCCUUAAACGCAUUUUUCCUAUCUUUCGCAAGGUUCGAUUUCGAUCCAAGCUUACCCCCUGCCGAGUCGUAUAGGCGUCUCCAGAGGUAUUAUGAUUGGGACAGAGAUGAUCCCGAAUCUAAACGCGCUUGGAUUGACUACCAAAGUGCCCUUGCAGAGGAGUUCAACCUGUGGUUUGGAUCGGAGGAUGACCUCAGUGCUUGGCAUUCACUUUGUACGGCUGUGAAUGUCGCUCCACUACCCACAACCUGCCAUGGAUGCCAGAAGGUUGUAAGAGGAUUGUAUGUCAACAUUGUGGAUCUAAUCGACUGGGCUCGCAGGGGACGGAAUGGCGACGGGGUACGACAAUUCGACAGCCUAGAGGACCUGCGUGACUAUUCACGCAGGACUUGUAAGAUCUUCCGUAACAAUCUGGAUGAGUCAGGCAAUGGAAAUGUUGUUCUCCGACACUUGCUUCGGUUUCUACUCCGUUCGGCUGCCUGAUUAUCGAUGUGAGUUGAUCUGUUUGAAUCGUAUUUUCGUUGCAUGACCUGAAGUGAAUGAGGAAGGGUAUGGCAUACGAGAACUUCUAUUAGCACGAGCCUAGCAUUGUUCUUGAUUCUUGAAGGGUUGCAUUGUUGUACCCAAGAAAUCGCAGUCUACUCUUAAGAGAAAACCGAGCAAGUUAUUGUUUGUAGAUGGUGUGCCUGUCCUUGCCUGAGGGCCUGGGGUUUCAUCUUUUCUCUUCGGUUUCCUUC